GUGUCCUUUGACCUUAGCACCAGCCAGUGCCUCGCUGUCUGCUUGAUCUAAUCGGGGAUCAAAGUCCUGUCCGUGAGGCACUAUCAGUCGCAGGCUGUUUCACUCUUUUAUUCCACAGACACUUGUCCCACACUAGACUCCGUGCUACACCAUGUUCUCUCGCUGUGCCCUCGUUCUUCUGCUCUGCCUCUCCACAGGCCUGGCUGCCACGCUCAUCCCUCCUGCUUCUGCCGAGGAGCUUCCGUCAGCUCCUGAGGCUGCAGCAGCUGAAGAGUCAAACAUGAAUACAGUUGUAGAGGCUGAUGGCGUUGAAGCAGCCCAAGCUGAUGCUCCUGCAGAGGUAAACCAGGCCAGAGAUGCCGCCAGCACUACCCAAAACGCUGAGGAGGACUCUGAGUGGGGCCUGAGCUCCAUCAGAGGCAGCUUUCAAGCCGUCAAUGGGUAUUUUGACUCACUGCUGGAGCUGAUGGGAGGCCGCGAUGGCGUGUGCCAGUACCGCUGUAGAUACGGUAAAGCUCCACAAGCUCGUCCAGGCUACCAGAUACCUGAACCCAAUGGCUGCACAUCCUCUUUGCUUGGUUUCCAGUUCGACAUGGGCAUCCCAGCCAUGACCAAGUGCUGUAACCAGCUGGACAUGUGCUAUGAUACGUGUGGUUCCAACAAGUACCGUUGCGACACCAAGUUCCGCUGGUGCCUCCACAGCAUCUGCGGUGAUCUAAAGAAGAGCUUGGGCUUCGUGUCAAAGGUCGAAGCUUGUGAGGCAUUUGCGGAUACCAUGUACAACACGGUAUGGACUCUGGGCUGCAGGCCGUUCAUGAACAGCCAGAGGGCAGCCUGUAUCUGUGAGGGAGAGGAGAAAGACGAGCUGUAAAACUACCACUCCUCCUGCCAAGCACAAUGACUCACCAUUACCAAGCGCCUUCAAACUCAACCAAAAAGAGCUCAGUACUCCAUUGAGAGACUGGUGGUGCUAAAGACUCACAUGGAGCAAACAACAAUGAAAUGCUUAUAUCCCAGAGUUCUCAUCAGCCCUUUUUAUUAAUAUACAUGUAUAUAGAGCUAUAGGUUUGGGUUUACAGGUUUACCUAAACUGUAAACUCCUGUGGUUCUCUGGGAGGAGAGCAUUUCUUUAGUACUACUAGAAGGCCAAUAGUUUAAGACGGGUCUGGUUAAGUUGUUCUGAAUGAGGAGACAAAUUAGAAGGAGCUUUCUACGGGUGGAAUAAUAAUUCUAAAGUUAAGUCAAACAGCACAUUACAACUAGUUGGAAGAACUUUUUUCAGUGUCUGUGUCCACCCCAGGCUAAAUGCAAUAUAUUCAUAAUUUAUUAAAGUGUAGUGCUGCCAUUCAAAUUAAACUUUCACCCAUUUAUACAAUCCAAACACUGGUAUCUACAUUGCAAAACAGUGGUUUCCUUUCACACAGAUUUAAACAUUGUAAGACAAGAAUAUCAUUAACAUGACUUCUGAUGUAUCUUCUAAACAUUCCUAAGUUAUUUUGAACUUUAUGUUAUUCUGAAUAAAUAUCAGACUUGUGUGGCUCUUCACAUAA